CUCUUUCAUCCACUGAUGAUCUCUCAUCGCGUCUACCUCUCACAUUCAGUUCAUCGUCCUGAAUAUUUCCAAUUGUCUUUUGAAGCCCGAUUACACUAUUCAUAUCUUAUCAAGCUCUCUGUUUCUUGAUCCCAAUACACUCACUCACCUCUCAGUUUCUCACACUGCUUCCUCAACCCUCACUGUUUGUCUUGUUUACUAUUUUCUCAUUUACAGAACCAGAACUCCCACCCUGCAUUCACUCUACUGAUAUACCCAUAUUACCUGAGAAAUGGCAAAGAAAAAACCUUCAUUCUACUGCUGUAUCUGUGGCGGCCCUUUCACCCCUUGGGGGCUUCGAAAGAUAAGCACCGUUGCACCGAGUGAGAAAGAAAACGAUGCUCUCCUCUUUAAAGACUGGUGUGACUGCGGAGCCGACAAUUAUCAUGGCGGUGCUCAUAACACGUCGUGUGCUGUCUUCAAAGGUUAUGACGGGUCUUUACUUUCCCGGAUGAGUGCCGUAUGGCUCGUCAACGCGCGCAUGAUUUGCGCUAGAGCUGGUUCCGAAGGGCUAUGUCUUUGCAAUGAUGACCCCUCCCUCUGUUUCAUCACCGAUGUGGGUAUAUUUUCCCCUGAAGGAGGCUUCGACUGCGGUGGGCUCGUUGGCACGCUAUGGCCCAUGCAAGAUGGCUUCAUCACGCAUGAGUUAUGUUGGGAUAUGCUUGAGCUUGUUCAUAGGAGCAAGUUCCCAAGUAGGGGGAAUAUUAAUCUACCAGAACUCUGGAUCUCAUUGCGCAUCCGAAUGCCGCCGUCUGGAGGGGUUGCCGUCAACUGGGGUGAUCAUUGCUCUUACGGUGGCGCGGGUCAAUUCCACCAGGCUGACUGGGAACCCCGGCCAGGAUAUGAAUGGCUGGUAGCGUGCCCGGAUGAAAGCGUGGAUUUUGCGAAAAUCAUCGAUGCCUCUGUUGCAGACCCUUCGGCUCGGAUCUCACGCCAGAGUACAUUGUCACGAGAAUACCGCGACCCAUUCUUCCACCUGCCCGCUGAAAUAAUUCAUAAAAUUCUUGCUACUAUCCCCUACAAGUCCAUGGUCAGCCUCAUGCUUGUAAGCUACUCAGUUCGAGAGGCGGGCGGCUCCAUAUGGAGAACUCGAUUGGCCACAGACAUUCCAUGGCAUCAAGGAACUCAGCUUUUUCAAAGUCUUGCAGAACGCAAAUCAUUCAUCAAAUACGGGACUCUCUUGAAAUUACUAGAGAAAGUCUCUUCUGAUUCUGGCAAUAUCGACGGCGUGGAAUCAGAUCAACAGUGGUUAGGGCUGAGAAAUCGUCGGCGGAUUUGGGCCUGCUGUGAACGAAUUGUGGAAGAUAUCGAAACACGGUUCGCUGCUGCUCGGAAUGCACGUGGCUUUGUGUCUGAAGGAGUGGAAGCACUAUCGACCUUUCGAAUCGCCACGGUCAUUGAACCCAAGGAAAACGAAGAAAGAUGUGGCGCUGAUGUAUACUUCGUUCCAACCCUAACUAACACGCCUAGCCUGCAAGCGAUCACAGUCUAUUUCCUGCCGGAAGGGUCAGUUGUUGGGAUCGAGUUUUCUCUUCAAGGUGAAGAGUUCGGUCGAAUUCUCGGGCAUCGAAGCACAUUCUUCCAGAGCGUUGCGGUUCCUUCAAGCCUUGUGAUCAAUGGAUUCCUUCUGUCACUUGGGCCAGAACUUCCAGUCAUCCGAGAUCGCCCAAUACGAGGGCUUGGGGUUCUGACAGAAGAUAGUCUGUUGCAAUCUCGGUUAAGAUUUGGAAAGUGGACGGGAAGUGAUGUAGUCCAAGUUUUUCGUCCCUGGUGUCCACUACUGAAUACGGAGUUCAUAAAUCAACAAGUAGUUGGAAUAACGGGCCAAUGGAAUGUCGAAAAGAUAUUCACAUUUGGAAUUAUAGUGGCUGUCCAGAAGUUACGAGAAAAAGACCCUUACAGAUUAGAUAUCUACAGCCGAUGGGUGAAUGAUUGGCCGCCCACACAUAGUCUUCCACCAAGGCACGGAACUGAUAUCCGUUACGAGUCACCUUACAUCGAACCCGCGAUCCAUCAGAUUCAGAAUAUGUAUAUCGACCUCGUCCAUGGCGAUUUAGUUUCGGUGAACGGCUAUUAUCCUCAUGGCAACCAAAAUCCACUGGGCGGCCUGAAAUUCAACUUCUUCGACGGAAGCAGUAAGCUUGUUGGUCGUGCCGAGAAUGAUCCUAGUAUGCAAGCUGAAGUCAAGGUGACUCUGGAUCCUGAAAAGGAAGAAAGGAUCACUGGGUGGGUAGGAUAUUACGGACGUGCUGCUGAUGGUAGUCCUCGCAAUGUGUACGCUUUGAAACUCACAACCAACCUAGGCAGACAUCUUGCUCUGGGAAACGAGGAUGCGGUUGACAUUUGGUACUCUUAUGGGUUGGAGGUAAAUGAUACUAACCGGUUGUUCGGUUUUCAAAUCGGUGAUUCGCCUCCCUGGAUUGAGAGUUUCAGCGCUGUUUUCGGCCCCAAAGAUAAGUCCCCAGAAGAGCUUUAAAUAGUUGCCAGGUGCACACAUGGUCCUAUUUGCACAUUGUCAGAUGUACGUACAUGUUUUCCGGUGUUUAAUGUGUUUCGAC